CGGUGUAGGGUUUUAUAAACACCUCUUGCCGGGAUCUGAAACAAACAAAUUCAUUCACCACCAAUCUUCUUUUUCCAAUCAUGUCUUCAACAUCUCCAUCUCAAUCACCACCAUCUCACCAUCAUCACCACCAACCUCUCUUAAGCAGCCUCGUCGUCCGUCCUUCCCUCACCGAAAAUUCACCUCCCGGUGCUGCUGCUCAUUCCAAUGAUUACGAGCCUGGUGAACUCCGUCGUGAUCCUCCUCCCGUCAAUUAUUCUCGCUCUGAUCGCUAUUCCGAUGACGCUGGAUAUAGAUUCCGUGCAGGUUCCUCGUCUCCUGUUCACCACCGUAGAGAUGCUGAUCAUCGCUUCCCUUCUGAUUAUAAUCACUUUCCGCGGAACCGUGGAUUUGGUGGCGGGAGAGAUUUUGGCAGAUUUCGAGACCCUCCACACCCGUAUGCUCGAGGUAGACCAGGUGGCAGGCCAUUUGGUAGAGCUUUUGAUGGACCUGGGUACGGUCAUAGACAUGGAAGAGGGGAAGGUCUUCAUGGCAGAAACAAUCCCAAUGUGCGCCCUAGGGAGGGAGAUUGGAUGUGUCCCGAUGCAUUAUGUGGUAAUCUGAAUUUUGCUAGGCGAGACUUUUGUAACCAAUGUAAGAGGCCUCGUCCUGCUGCUGCUGGAAGUCCUCCUAGGAGGGGUUCUCCACCACUUCAUGCUCCUCCUAGACGCUAUCCUGGUCCUCCAUUUGACCGCUCCCCAGAAAGGCCUAUGAAUGGCUACAGAUCUCCUCCUCCUCGUCUGAUGGGAAGGGAUGGCCUUAGAGACUACGGACCUGCCGCCGCUGCUCUGCCACCCCUCAGACAUGAAGGUAGAUUUCCAGAUCCUCAUCUGCAUAGAGAGCGUAUGGAUUACAUGGAUGAUGCCUACAGAGGGAGAGGUAAGUUUGAUAGGCCACCUCCAUUGGACUGGGACAACAGAGAUCGUGGUAGAGACGGUUUCUCCAAUGAAAGGAAAGGAUUUGAGAGGAGGCCACUGUCACCUUCUGCACCUCUUUUGCCUUCACUUCCUCCUCAUCGCGGCGGUGAUCGCUGGUCUCGCGACGUGAGAGAUAGAAGCCGUUCUCCCAUAAGAGGCGGUCCACCAGCAAAAGACUAUCGAAGGGAUCCGGUCAUGAGUCGUGGUGGAAGAGAUGAUAGGCGUGGUGGUGUGGGACGUGACAGAAUUGGAGGAAUGUAUUAGCUGAAGGUGAUUAAUUAAUGAAAUGUACUUUGUGAUGUAAUGUUUAGCUUUCAUUAUUAGAUAUUGAGCUAUGUAGAGUUUGAGAGGUUAGUUCAUGAAUCUUCAUUAUGGGGCUAACCCAUCGGAAAACAUUUUGAUAGUAUUGAAAUGCAUGGUACAUUGGUUUUAUUCAUUC